GUGGUGCUUACGCUGAACGUGUAAGAGAUUUGCUUAGAGAUGAAUUCGAUAAUGCAACUAUACCAAAUAUUCAAGCACUUAUACUAUUAGCUGGUCAUCAACAAGGUGAAAAAAAUUCUUCUACAUGGUUGUAUCAUGGUUUAGCUAUUCGUCUCGCUCAAGAUAUGGGAUUACAUCGUGAUGUAUCAAAAUGGAAUCUUCAUGGCCUUGACGCAAGACAAAUUGAAAUUAGAAAGCGUGUAUGGUGGGCCUGUGUUGUGUCUGAUAGAUUAAUAAGCGCUGCAUUAGGUCGGCCUCUCGCUAUUAGUGAGAGUGAUUGCGACGUCGAUUUACCUACUUAUGGAGUGAUACCCGGUGAUCCCUCUUUCGAAGCAUGGAUUGAGACGAUUAAGAUUGGUUUAAUACUUGGACGUGUGCUUUCUCAUGUUUAUAGUAUCAAGACUCGACAUAGUACGAACGGUGGUAAUGGUCCUUGUUUGUUAUCUGCGUUGGAUGCAGAAUUAACUGAAUGGAGAGAAAAACUACCAAAAGAACUUCAAUUCGACUAUUCAAAUCUUUCUAUCGUGCUUAGUGAUCCAAUUAACAAAAAGAAACUAUUCGUUCAUCUAAUCUAUUAUACAACUCAAAUUCUUUUACAUCGUCCUCAUAUUCGUAGUCCAAAAUCUAAAACUCCUUCAUCCAUUCCAUCAUUGACCAUAUGUACCAAGGCUGCGAAUCACAUCUCUCAUAUCAUGUAUCGUUUAAUGAAAGAAGGGAUGUUACAACGUUCAUGGCCAUGCUUGCUUUAUUUUUUCUUUACCGCUGCUACUAUGCAUUUAAUAAAUGCUCUUAGUGGUGAUGAUCGAUUCAAAGAAGUUGCUAAACAUGGUCUUAGGAUGGUGCUAAAAUGCUUAGAUUAUUUGAAACCUUAUUGGUAUGCCGCUGAUAAGUGUUCUACCUUAAUGAGCCGUGUGCUUAAAUCUAGAAAUAUUAAUCUUGAUGGUGCUUUUGAUGAUAAUGUAUCUAAUGGAAAACAUACAACUAAAAAAAGACGUUCUGUAUAUCAACCUACAAUGGGAAAUACGACUCCUAUUAGUGCCUCUUCUGAAGCCGAACAUUUUUUUAAACCUUCAACACUCAAUGAAAUUACAUAUACCAAUUUAACUUCACAUCAAACUCCUUCAACACCACCAUCGGUUCCAAGUCAAAUAAGUGCAACACCUACUUCAAUUCAAGAAUAUAGUGCUGCGAUGAGACAACAUGUUGUUAGUCGCGUUUCUUCAACUAUUGAUGAAGCUCAACCAACUAGUUAUGAACAAACUUCCUCUCCUUGUUCUGAAAAUUCAACUUCAAGUUUUACAUUUAAUGAUUUCCCAAUGAGCGUAGAUAAUGAAUUAUUUCUUCAAAAUAUUGAUUCCUUCAUUCCAGAAGUUUCAUCACUUCUGUAUAAUGAUAACGAAAAUAUUCCAUUUUUACCUAUGGAUUUUAAUAAUCUUAAUGAUUUGGAAAAUUAUAUGAUGGGAUUACAACCUUCUGACCAUAUAUUUUCAAAUUCUUUAGAUUUUUCUCCAAAUAGUGUUAUUGAAACAUCAACAAAUAGGUUGGGUUAG